CCGCGCACCUAAUAUAAAAGCCUCGGCCGCCCAUUCACCCGCUCGCAGUGUGUGCUCGAACGUUACAGUGUCGACUCUUCCCGUGCCUAAAGGACUUGCAGUUAAAACAUGAAAUCACGGUGUUUAAUAGUGCUAGCGGCCGCCCUCGGCGUGGCGGUCGGCCAGGAGUCCUUCAAGUGCCCGGACGACUUCGGGUUCUACCCACACCACAUCUCCUGCGACAAAUACUGGAAGUGUGACAACGGAGUCGCUGAGCUGAAGACCUGCGGGAACGGACUUGCCUUCGACGCCUCAGACUCCAAGUACCUCACUGAGAACUGCGACUACCUCCACAACGUCGAGUGCGGAGAGAGGACACAGCUUGAGCCCCCGAUCGGCACCCCCCACUGCACGCGUCUGUACGGCAUCUUCCCUGACGAGCAGAAGUGCGACACCUUCUGGAACUGCUGGAACGGAGAGGCAUCCCGCUACCAGUGCAGCCCCGGCCUGGCCUACGACAGGGAGGCGCGCGUGUGCAUGUGGGCCGACCAGGUCCCCGAGUGCAAGAACGAGGAAGUAGCGAACGGUUUCGCUUGCCCUGCUCCCGGUGAAGUGUCCAACGCCGGCUCGUUCAGCCGCCACGCUCACCCCGAGGACUGCCGCAAGUACUACAUCUGUCUCGAGGGCGUGGCUCGCGAGUACGGAUGCCCCAUCGGAACCGUCUUCAAGAUCGGAGACGCCGACGGCACCGGCAACUGCGAGGACCCCGAAGACGUUCCCGGAUGCGAGGAUUACUACGGAGACGUGGACCUGAAGGCUCUCAAGAAGCUGGGAUUCUGAAUGACGCGGAGCGGCUCGAAAGACAGACUAAGGGUUAACCUGUUCGAUUUAGUUUGAAUCCCUAUUCCACGUAAGUUCAGAAGCUAGUUUCAAAGGUAUUUGACAGCUGUGCAACAUACGAUAUGUAAAUAGUAACGUAUGAAAACCAAUCCACCGUUGAAAGUAUUCAUAGAAUUUGUCUAGAAGUCGUCUCUACCAAAUUUCAGUAAGUAAAUGGUCAAUUCUCAAUUUUGAUAAGUUUGUCAUGUUUUGGUUAUAAAAGUAAUGAAAAAUAUAUUGAAACAAAAUUAAGAUAGAUAAGUCUGUCUAGAGACGCUCGAGUUUCGUAAAGGAUUAGUUUAAGAAAGUCAUUAAAAAUUUACGAGAGAAAAUCCAAAAGUUUCAAUUUUGGAAUUGAGUCAAAUCGCCGUCAUUUGUUUAUGAUUUUGUAAGUACUUUGUUAGUUUGUUUUUCUGAUAAAUCUAGAUAUUUUCAAUGUUGAAUUAAAUCGAUUGAUCUCGAAUUUGUCAGAAAAAGGACCUUUUACAAAAACGAAGACCAGUAAUUUCCAAAGCUAAAUUUUGACAUGGUACCACCAUUUGAUGAGGUAGGUACUGUGUCGAAGCUAUUAUGAUUUAGUCAUAGAUUUUUAUUAUUCUUAAACUUAGUCAGUAAGGAUAUCUUUUUUACCCGAUUGCGGUAGGGCCUAAAAUGAAGGCUAUGUUUUUUUAUGAAUACAAUUUUUUGUAAAUAAAAUAUUACAAUCUUA